AUGGCCAAUCCCGCACACUCGUUUGUCCUGGUCGACCCACUCGCUCACUCGACACAGGGCACCCCGCCAGUCGACACACGGCACGUGCAGCGCAUACUCGAGCACAGGCAGCGCCAGCCAGACCAGCAACUCUUCAUCGACCACCUCUUGCAGCUCGCAGAGCCCGAGGGGUCUCUGCAGUACCCGCCGGCAGACGAUGCAGAGCUUUUUCAGCUCUCGAGCCGGCUGGCGGCGUUGUCAGCGUCGUCGACGGGCCUCACCGCCCGCUCGUGCCUCUACUACGUCUCCCUCGCCUUCUCACCCUCCCCCGAAGCCGCCGCAGCAGUCGCGAAAGACCUCCUCCUUCCCCCAGCGUUCCGUCUGUCGGUCCGCGCAUUCCACGCCCUCGACUCGGGCGAGUACUGCACCGCAGUUCGCCUCCUCGCCGACCCACGAGUGACGCCCGACUUUGUCCCUCGUACACUCGCCAUCCUUACGACUCUUCCUGAGCCCAGCGAGCGCGCAGAGCUCGUACUAAGCUACUGGCGACUCGCGAGGAUCGACCUCGCGGCGUACGGCAAGGACGAGGUCAAGUGUGUCUUGAGGGCGUUGUGUGCGCCUGAACGCGCUCGCGGCGUCGCCGAGGCAUGGUCACUGGCGCGCGAGUGGCGGGAAGAGGGCGAGCGUGAAGAGUUGGCCGGGACGGUUCUCGAGACGUGCUUCGGCGACAACCACGCCGGCCACCCGCUCGGCUCGCAUCUCUCCGCACUCCUCGCCCUGCCUUUCACACCUUCCGAAGACGCCCUCGCGACCUCCUUCUGCUCGUCCCCUCCCUCUCCUCUUCCCCUCACCCUCACAGUCGACUGGCGUCUCUCGAAACUGAUCGCCGAGUCUCGCCCCGUCGAUGCCCUGCGCUUCUGGUCUUCCGUCCGCAAGAGCGGCAAGAAGGGUCUCGAGCCGAGCCAGGACCGUGACAGGCUGCUCAAGGCUGUCGAGGCGAAUUUGACGAGCGUGCAGAAGGCGUCGCUCGAGUUGGACCUCUCUUCUGCGCCGAGCAAGGGUGCUGGAAAGCAGGCUGAGGCGACAUCCGGCUCGACAGCAACUCUCGCGCAACCCGCUUGGGCACCUGCGCCUGCACCCGCGCCCUCCACACCUCAGCCCGCACCGCGAACGAUCAACGCCGCUCGUCUCGCGCAACUGCAUCCGCCUCCCGCCCCGGCUCCGACAGCCUCUGAAGUUCCGCUCUCAGCCUCCCCUUUCAUCCGCCAAUCCGCUGCUUCGGCCUCCCAAAGCGGACAGGGUGCCGUCCUUCGCGCUCUCGAGGUCGCCACGCCCAAGAGGACAGCCGCCACAUCCGUCAAGCCUGCCGCACCCGCCCCAAUCUCACCCUUCGCCUUCCCGCCGCCCGCCCCCUCAGUCACCGGCUCCGCCCAAAGCGAAUCAACUCUCGCUCCUCCCGCUUCGCCGAAACCGACCCUCGCUGGAUUCGGUAGCGUCAGGCAAACACCUGCGAGAACCCCGGCGAUGGGUCCGAGGAGGCUCAUGCCGUUGACGCCGCCGUCUGCGUCUGAGGAUGAGGAGGGGAAUGAGGAGAUGAGGGAUGUCUUACGGGGAUCGCCAGAGGGGACCCGCAAGGAAGAGCGAAAGGGAGAAGGGAAGAACGAGAACGACGAGUUCGCGCGGCGGGCGGCCCUUGACCCAGCUAUCGCGCGCACCAUCGCCGCAGCAGCCGAGCCUUCCUCGUCGAAACCUGCUCCGCCGUCAACCGCUAAGCGCGUUUCCCGUCGUGCUGCACCUACGCGUGGAGGGGCAGGUGCGAGGGGCGACAAGCGCCGAGCUGUGCAGGGGCAACCGCCUAACGAGGAUCGGGUUGAUGAGGAGAGGACGGUUAGGUUGCCGCCCGGUGCUUUCCCCGGACAGAGCGACGACGAGCAGGGCGGGGAGGAUGAACAGCCGACGAGGCAAGGGAAGAAGCGCGCGAGUCGGGGCAAGAGCGCGUCGCAGCCGGCUCAGCAGACGCCCGCUCGUCGCAUGACUCGUUCGCGCGCCUCGACAGUCGAACCUGCUUCGCCUCCGCCGCAGAACACGACCACUCGUCGCUCGACUCGCGCGUCGUCCGUCCAGCCAGAACGCCAGGAGCAAAAGCAGCCGGAGAUGAGGGAGGUUUCGAGGACGCCGGUUAGGAGGAGCUCGAGGUUGAGCGGGCAGCCGCAGCAAGGGACGGCGAGGAAGAGCACGCGGGGACGGAGCAGGAUCGAGGAGGAGAGUGGCGAGGAGUAG